UUCCCCCACCCUCCCCUUCCUCUUCUCCGUUCCCCUCUCCCGAGCUCAGCUCCACGACGACUGAGACAACGACGCUCUACUUCAGCGAAGACGGUGAGCCCUGCUCGAUCGAACCCCAUAGAUCUACAGUCCCCACAGGCGCUCCGAACAUAAGGCAGGUGGGUGAUGCAAUAGGCACUCGAUCCGGAUGUUUGACCACAGACCCUGAUGGCUGCUCCCCUUGGAUUGAAUCUGGCAAUGCGUUUAGAGUAGUUUUUAAGGUUGCUGUACACCACACACCAGCAGUGCUCUUGUGUUGAUGAUCUGUUGAUCCCCAUUGUCUCCUGUGGCUGCCUCAACUCACCUCCAGGUACUGCUUCCGUAGUACCAUGGAUGGCCCCAAGAGGACCAAGGCCGCUGCAGCUGAUGGCUUCCCUGAUGACCCCGUCGUGAAGAUCCUCUCCUGCCUCCCCGCUAAGCCACUUUUCCGGUUCAAGUGCGUCUCCAAAGGCUGGUGCGACCUCAUCGUCGAUCGCCUUGGCCGCCGAAAGUUCCCCCAAACCCUAGAGGGUUUCUUCAUCGACAGCAGCGUUGGCGGUGGCGUGAAUGAUUUGCGAUUCAUCAACCUAUCAGGGAAAUCUGUGCCUCUCGUCGAUGCCUCAUUCUCCUUCCUCACAAAGCUGCCUGAGAUUAAGCAAAUCAAACUCUUGAGCGCCCACAAUGGACUCCUCCUCUUUGAGAACUUCAUUGAUUGUGACAGAUACAAGUACAUCAUUUGCAACCCUGCCACUGAACAAUGGAUGUGCGUGCCCAGCCCUGGCAUUAGUUCACAUCCGCCCAGAACAUGUGAUUGUGAACAACAUUUUGCAAAUGAAGUCAACAGCCUUCUGAUUUUCAACCCGGAUGUCUCCUCGCACUUUCACCUGCUCCAAUUCUGGCACAGUAAUGACGAAACUAGGUUAGUCAACACUGUGCUUGCCUUCUCAUCUGAAACUGGGGUUUGGAGAAAUAGUACUACAGAAUGGAUAAAAUGGAGAGAAUGGAUGGAACUUGACGAAGUGCGAUCUAAGUUGGGCUAUGCUGAUGUUAAUGGCAUGCUGCAUGUUCCAGUCUACCCGCAGCCCAUACUAACACCGUCACAGAGACAGGAUAUUAAGAUAGUUGUGGCGGACAUGCAAGGGAAGAAACUUAUGGCGAUCCACUGGCCAGGCUUGAAUGAAUUUACUGAUGCUACUUUUAUUGGUCAAUCCCAAGGACACCUGCAUUGCAUCACUGCACAUAAAAAACAAGACCAUCCCAUCCACAUCACUGGACUAUCCAUUUGGGUUCUUGAGGACUAUGAUGCAGGGCAUUGGGUCCUGAAGAAAAGCGUGAGUUGUUCACAGCUGUUUGGAGAAAUGAGUUGUGGAGUCAAUGACUUAGAUGUGAUCACCAUUCACCCAGAUCGCAAUUUGGUUUUCUUCGUUCACCGCUGCAGCUGGAAACUGAUGUCAUAUGACAUGGAUACUGAGGAAGUGUGUGAUCUCUACACUCUAGGACAUGGUUGUGGGCUGAUUAUCCCUUAUGUUCCCUAUUUCGCGGAUGUGCCUGUGCUCAGCGGCAGAGCUUCAACUGAUUUUCUGGAGGGGCAACCAACAAUAGUGUAAAGAGACUAGCAAUGUUUUAUUCAAAUUAAUCACUGUUGGUUACUUUUAUCAUACUCCUUGGGAUGUUCAACUGGAAUUAGGCGGUGCAUUUUGCUGGUGCUUGGAUGUAUUCCUUUUUGUGUUUUUGGUCGAAUAAAUACUGCCAGGAAGCAAUUGAGACUUGGGGCAAGUUAUCGUGUAUGCAGUUGGCUUAUUGCACUGCUUCGGAUGUUUUGUAUUCAAAUUAUCAG